UUUUCUUUUAUAAAAAAAACUUUUUUUCAUUAUACAAGAAAAAUUGAUGAAACAUUGCACACCCAAACUGCAUUAAAUUACAGGAUCUUCUUUCAUUUGAACAGAUCUCAAAAUAAGGUGCUCGGACGUAAACUCAGGAUCCAAAAGUCCAAAUAUCAGACUUUCGCAUGACGUGUAGACUUAAAAAAGCAACAACAUGUAGUGCAUUAUAUAUCUCUUAUUCUAAAAGUCAAUUUCAUGUCUUUUGGUUUGUAAACAGAUUUAAAGUGCUGCUACAAGCUUUAAGACUCUGGGAAAUCCCUGGAAUGAGUGACUUAGAAGGAAACUUGUGAACGGAUGAAAUAUCUUGUAGUAAAAUGACAGAACUAAAACAUGACAACAAAAGCAGUAUUUAGCCAAUCCUGUCAAACAUGCAUAAAAUCUGACUAUUCCGGUCUCUUGCCGGUCGAUCGUUGCAUCUCUAGCUGAAAAUAUACAAAAAUCUGUUUAUUGAGCAAGUACACAAACACAACAUUUAUAUGAUGAGCUGUGGGGUCGAAUUUCAUGGGAAACGUCAGUAGUUUCUCAACAGAUGUAAAGAUACGAACGUAAAGUACCUGCAAUUUUAAACAAAGACAUUAAAUAGACGAACAAAGAUGGUGCAAAGGAUAUGAAGUGCAGCUUUAAGGACACUGAGGGGCAGUUUCUUUGACAGGGUUUAGAUUAAUCUAGGACUAAGCCUUAAUAUUUAAGUAGUUUUUACAAACACACCUUACAAAAACAAUCCUGGUGCAUCUUGUAAAAAACAGUGUCACUGAUAUAUGUUAAAGGGGACAUUUCACAAGACAUUUUUAGAUGUCAAAUAAAUCUAUGGUGUCCUCAGAGUUCGUAUGUGAAGUUUUAGCUCAAAAUACCAUAAAUUCCACUUUGUAGGUGUGAGCAAAAAUGUGCCGUUUUUGGGUGUGUGUCCUUUAAAAAGCAAAUGAGCUGAUCUCUGCACUAAAAUGCCAGUCCCGUGGUUGGAUAGUGCAAAUUAAGGGGCUGUAUUAUCCCCUUCUGACAUCACAAGGGGACCCAAAAGACCUAUUUUUCACAUGCUUGCAGAGAAUGGUUUACCAAAACUAAGUUACUGGGUUUAUCUUUUUCACAUUUUUUAGGUUGAUAGAAGCACCGAGGACCCAAUUAUAGCACUUAAACAUGAAAAAAGUCUGAUUUUCAUGAUAUGUCCCCUUUAAGAUAUGUCAGUGGAAGGUGUUUUUAAAUUAAGACAGCUCAAACAUGCAUUGCCCCUGAAAGAUUUACAAUGUUCUUUUUCAUUUACAUACAUCAUUUCGUAUUUGGUGUUCUUAUCAUGUAACCCAACAUUACAGCGAAUGUAAAUGUAGUUCCUAUAGUACUUUCUGUUUGUGGUUUCCUGAGAACUAGAUGUCAUAUCUGAAUCUCAUGAGGAUGAUCAAUUACAUAUUGGCUUGGUUUCUCAAUCUUUUGCUUGUCAUGAGUUUUUUUUGUCACUGUUCUGCAUUUGUAUAAAUCUAAAUUCAUUGUUCCGAGUCAGAUAGUCUUCAGCGUAAGCUUUAUUUUUGCUGUUUCCAAGUUACUGUAAACAAGUAUUACCAGUUUUUUCAACUUGAUAAGAUUGUGUUCGCCAAGCCGUUGGGAAGAACAAUUAAGUUUCACUUCAUUUUAAAUUAAGUUUUAAACAAUUUUUUCUCAAAUUAUGUCAACGUAUCACAAAGUUGAAUUGACUUGCAUAAUUAAGUUGUUUGAACUUCAAGCUGCAUUUUAUCUGUUCAGUCAACAAAUGACAUCAAAUAGUUUUCUUGUCUAGAAAAGACUCUGGCGUAUGUUUCCUUAGGCGUAUGUUUGCCUGACAGUGGGUUAAAAGUCAAGAUCCAGACUUUAGAUCUGAAUAUAAUAGAGGCGUUUGGGUGGGCUCUGUUGACUUGAGCCAGUCAGCAAAAACAGCAGACUCUAAAACUUAAGCUAAAAUAAAAUAAGGCAUGUUCGUCAGUUUUAUGCAAUUAGGGCUGGGUGAUAUAUAUUAAGUUUUGGUAAUAUAUCAGUGUAUUUUCCCAACUGGAUAUGGGAUAAGAUAAUACCAUAUAUAUAUCAGUAUGGCCUAAUAUAACUGUCCAUUGCAACAGAACCUCUGUUACUGAGGUCAGACAUAACCUUUUCAAACAGGAAGGAAAACCCAUGAGGAUUUAAAGUCUUUAUUUUGUGCACAUGGUUCACGUUGUGACUCGUUCGCUCACACACAUGACAAAUCAUUCAUUGAUUAUGUCAUGGGUGGAGUUUUUCUGUGGGUGGGAUCUAUGUUUACUUUCUGUUUCAUUCGUUGUUUAAAAGGAUAUAUCUUUUAACUCAGCUUUAUCAUGCCAUAAAUUAUUUCACACCGGACUGAGACAUGGAGGAAACGUUCCCAUUCCAUUAUACUUUAAUGGAUUAUCUUUUAUGUUUGUUUGGAUUGCUAAUGUCUCUGGUGGAUAUAGGGCUGGACUGUUGGACUGUUGUAUCGUUUUAUCAGAAUGGGAAUUAUGUGUAUAUGGGUGUGCUGAUCUUUUUUCUGCUGGGGUCUUCGCUGUUAGUACAGGUGUUCAGCUGGAUCUGGUAUUCGGAUACACCAGACAACCUUCAGACUCAUGUGGAAAAAUUUGUUAAGAAGCAUCAUUUACUCAAAGCAUUCCACUUCAUGCAGCUCGCCGUCUAUCUCAGAUAUGCCGGGCUGGUGGAGAUUUCAACACACAGGUUUCUUCGAUCUGAUCGGUUCAAAGAGGGCGUUUCUGUAAACCUGAAUCAUGAUCUUUUUAUGCUUCGACUAAUAGAGGCUUUUGCUGAAAAUGCUCCACAACUUACACUCAUGAUGUCGAUAAUCGCAAUGAGACGAGAACUAACGCUUUUAACAGCUUUAAAAACCCUUGGAUCCGCUUCUGCACUCGCCGCGAGUGUUGUCACCUACCACCGGAUCAUGCGUGAAUUUCUUCCUGACAAACACAAGCUGAAAUGGUCUUCAUCUCUUGUUUACUUCCUCUGGAACUUAUUGCUCAUCCUUGCACGUGUCACGGCUCUGGCACUCUUCGCUUCUGUAUUUCCUUGCUACAUUAUCGCCCACUUUCUGUCUGUGUGGAUGGUGCUUGUUUUGGUGGUCUGGGGUCAGAAAACAAAUUUCAUGGAUAGUUCAUGUGGGGAAUGGCUGUACAGAGGUACUGUUGGACUUAUUUGGUACUUCAGCUGGUUUAAUGUAGGAAGUGGAAGCACCAAAUUAAAGAACAUCAUCUAUUAUGCAGUAAUGGGAUUGGACACGAUGGCACUGCUGGGCUUCUGGUGCUGGAAGAUGGAGUAUUGUAUUCCCCCCUUUAGACCUUAUAUAAUGAUCAUUAUACUAGCAAGUUUGUAUGUUUUGGGAAUUCUUAUGAAAAUUUUAUACUACAAAAAGUUUCAUCCUAACUGUGAUGAAAAGAAAACUGAGUUGCAUGAGGAUGAACCGGCCAUGCGGGCAGUAGCAUGUAGUGCAUUCAUAGAGACAGAUUCAGCUGAAUCUUCAGAUUUCACAAAACCUGUUACCGGAGCUCAGAAGAGAAUGAGGAUGAUGGCUUCUAAUUUUUAUUAAUGUUCACUUUAACUUUCCAAAGAUUUCUUGUCUUUUCUUUCACUAAUCCUGGAACAAUAAAUAUUACAGUAUAAUUUAUAUUAAA